AUGACAGAGCCCAUUUCUGUAGGAUCUUUAAAGCCUAUUUUAAAUAUGCAACCAGGAGCUCUUCAAAAGCCUAUUUUUCAGGUUCUUCAAGUAAGAAAGCUUACUUCAGUCAAUAAUGGAGUUGAAAGAUAUCGUGUUGUGUUAUCAGAUUCUAUUCAUUAUGCACAAUCAAUGCUAGCAUCUCAAAAAAAUGAACUUGUGAUAUCAGGAAAGCUUCAUAAAGGAGCAAUUGUUGAAUUAACACAAUUUUCUGUAAAUAUGAUGAAAGAACGAAGGAUUAUUAUUAUUAUAAAUCUUAAUGUUUUAGAACAAUAUGGAACUCUUCCAAAAAUUGGGACUCCUACUAGCCUUGAAGCGCCUCCAACAAAUGUUGAUAAGGAAGAAAACCGUAAUCUAGAAGUUCCUUCGAUUAACCAAGCUACAUUUUAUGGGAAUAAACCGCAUAUGCCCAUAUUACAGAAUCAAAAAGAAGAAAUAAAUAACCGCAUAUCAUCUGUUUCAUCUGCAACAAUAUAUCCUAUUGAAAGUUUAUCGCCUUAUCAAAAUAGAUGGACUAUUAAAGCACGUGUAACUAGUAAAACUGAAAUAAAACAUUGGCAUAAUCAAAAAGGAGAAGGGAAACUUUUUUCGUGUGUAUUUAUGGAUGAAAGUGGUGAAAUCCGAGCAACUGCUUUCAAUGAUCAAGUAGAUAUGUUGUAUGACGUAUUACAAGAAGGACAAGUUUAUUUUAUAUCAAAAUGCCGAGUAAAUAUUGCUAAAAAGCAAUUUUCAAAUGUUCAAAACGAAUAUGAACUUACUUUUGAAAGAGAUACUGAAGUUGAAAAAUGUCCUGAUCAAUCUACUGUUCCUCAGGCAAAAUUUAAUUUUGUAUUUUUAAAAGAUCUUGAUAAUGUAGAAAAGGAUUCAAUUAUUGAUGUUAUUGGGAUUUUAAAGGAGGUUCAUGAAAGUGUUGAAAUUACUUCAAGAACUACUCAAAAAUUUGUUUAUUCAAAAAGGGAUAUAUUCAUAGUUGAUAGCUCGAAUUAUUCUGUCCGCUUAACACUUUGGGGGAAACAUGCUUUAGAUUUUAACAUACCUCAAGAAACAGUUGUUGCUUUUAAAGGAUUAAAAGUUAGUGAAUUUAAUGGACGAUCGUUAUCACUAUUAAAUAGUGGUAUGGUAAUUGCUAACCCGCAGAUUGAAGAAGCUUAUUCUUUAAAAAAAUGGUAUGAUAAGCAAGGAAAAGAAGAAUCAUUUGCGACUCACCAAUCAAUUGUAACUGCAAUUCGUAAAGAGGAAAGAAAAACUAUUGCUCAAAUUAAAGAUGAACAACUUGGGAUGGCAGAACAACCUGAUUAUUUUUCUAUAAAAGCUACUAUAGUUUUUUUUAAACAAGAAAAUGCAUUUUAUCCUGCUUGUCCUACUGCUGGAUGUAACAAAAAAGUUAUUGAAGAUAAUGAAGGGGGAUGGAGAUGUGAAAAAUGUGAUAAAAGUUUUCCUGCGCCUCAAUAUCGUUAUAUUUUGACCAUUUCUGUUAAUGAUCAUACUGGUCAGAUUUGGCUUAGUUGUUUUGAUGAUGUUGGUCGUUUAAUUAUAGGAAAAUCUGCAGAUGAUAUUGUUCAAAUGAGGGAAGAAAAUGAACAGGCUGCAUUAAACAUAUUUCAUGAGGCAAAUUGUAAAAGUUAUGUGUUUAGAGUUCGUGCUAAACAAGAUUCAUAUAAUGGUGCUGUCCGUGUAAGAUAUCAAGUGAUGAGUGCAUCAUUUAUUAAUUGGGCACAUGAAUGUAAAUUGCUUACAGAAAUUAUAAAUUCAUAUUAA